UCACCGAGAAAGCAAAAAAGCUGAGCAUGUUUGGGUUGCUGCUGGCAGUUUUUGGACUAUUUGCAAUUGUGGUAGCCGGGAGCUUGCAUAUAAGUGAUCUUUCUGCACGACGCAUCUGCAUUGGGUUUCUAAGUGGUGCUGCUCUUAUAUCAAUGUUUGCUUCACCGUUGUUGAUAAUCAAAUUGGUGAUCCGGACAAGAAGUGUUGAAUUCAUGCCAUUUUAUCUUUCCCUUUCGACGUUCUUGAUGAGCACAGCUUUCUUCUUGUAUGGAAUUUUCAAUUUCGAUCCCUUCAUAUACGUCCCAAAUGGAAUAGGAGCCAUUCUAGGGAUAGUACAAUUGGCAUUGUUCUUUUACUACAAAAAUACAUCUGGAGAAGCCUCCAGAGAACCCUUGCUAGUAACUUACACUUGAAAUGGAAUGUUUGCUUGGCAAAGGUGCAUAUGUGUUUUCUGUUGUAGUCUUCUGUUAGAAAUGAUUGAUUCUUUUGUUGCUAUGCCGCAAAAUUGUUCCCUUCUUUUGUAAAAAAACUCAGAUGCUGAAUUUAUCGAUUCAAAACCAUGUCCCAUCCAUUUUCUCAAAUGGAAUAAUAUGUCCUGGGAAUUGCUUCUUCUUUUUUC